AUGGGUCAAAAACGUGUGGCGUUUGUACACAGUGGAGUACUACUCUGCCAUAAGCAAGGGAACUGGGAAUUGAAUGUCAUCUUGUGCAAGCAGUCCUACCCUGGCGUGGAUGUGAGCCAGAUGUCUUUUAACCCCAUGAACUGGCACCAGCUGUGCUUGUCCAGCCCAAAUACAGUGACUGUGUGGACCGUUGAAAGAAGUGACCAGGAGCAUUAUUUCAAAGCAAAGUCAGUGAAACUACCGCUGGAAGAUGGGUCAUUUUUAAAAGAAAUAGAUGUGCUGUUCCCCCAGUCGCUGCCCAAGGACCCCAUCUACGGGCCGGUGCUGCCCCUGUCGGCCAUUGCUGGGCUGGCAGGCGAAGAGGCCGAGACUUUCAGGGUAAAGACCUUGCUGGGCUAACGGGUGCAGUCUGGG